AAUAUCUAAGUAGUGUUUGUGUAAAUGUAGCUUAUUGUGUGUGGUUUUGAUUCGUGUAAUUAGUGGUGGUAGAAUUUAUUAUUUACUUUCCUUUAAUUAAGGUUGUAACAUGGCGGAUUUCUUGGAUUCGGAAGCUGAAGAGUCCGAGGAGGAGGAGGAGUUGGAUAGCAAUGAAAGAAAAAAAUUAAAGAAACUCAAAGCUCUUUCUGACAGCAGCGAAGAAGACGAUGAAGAUGAUGAAGAGCGGUUGCGCGAAGAGCUUAAGGACUUGAUCGAUGAUAAUCCAAUAGAGGAAGAUGUGAGCGAUGGAGAAGAUUCUGAUACAGGAUCGAAAAAAAGAAAAAAACACGAUGAUGAAUUAGAUGAUCGGUUGGAAGAUGAUGACUAUGACUUAAUCGAAGAGAAUUUGGGUGUGAAAGUCGAAAGAAAGAAACGUUUCAAACGGCUUCGACGAAUUCAAGAAAGCGAUGGUGAGGAAGAUCAUGUUGAUGAGGGCUUAGCCAGAGAAGCUAUUGCGGAACAACUUUUCGAUGAAGAUGACGAGAAUGCCGAAAGGCGAUCUGAACGUAGCAAUAAAGAGCAAGAUACUUACGAAGAGGAAGAAGAAGAAUCGGAUUCAGACGCUGAUGACUUUAUUGUCGAUGAUGAAGGACGACCAAUAGCGGAGAAGAAAAAAAAGCGAAGGCCAAUAUUUACCGACGCGUCAUUGCAAGAAGGCCAAGAUAUAUUUGGAGUAGAUUUUGAUUACGAUGAUUUUGCCAAAUAUGAGGAAGAUGAAUAUGAAGACGAAUCCGAAGGUGACGAAUACGACGAAGAUAUUGGUGAAGAAGCUCGCGGAAAAAGUAAAAAGAAAGCACCUAAGAAAAAAGUUUCUAAGAAAACUAUUUUUGAUCUAUAUGAACCAAGUGAACUAAAACGAGGACAUUUCACGGACUUGGAUAAUGAGAUUCGAAAAACUGACAUACCGGAGCGCAUGCAGUUAAGACAAGUUCCAGUAACGCCCGUUGCUGAAGGGUCAUCUGAAUUAGACGAUGAAUCUGAAUGGAUCUACAAGCAAGCCUUUUGCAAGCAGACCGUAUCUCAACAAGAAUCUUUGGAAGCAAGUCGUGAUAAGCAUAAAAAACCAAUAAGUGCUGUAGGAAAAAUUAAACAAGCUUUGGAAUUUAUUAGAAAUCAGCAGUUAGAGGUACCUUUCAUAGCUUUUUAUAGGAAGGAAUACGUAAAACCCGAAUUAAAUUGCGAAGAUUUAUGGAAGAUAUAUUAUUAUGAUGAAAGGUGGUCUCAGCUUUUUAACAGAAAAAACAAAUUAAAAGUGUUAUUUGAAAAUAUGCGUGACUUUCAGAUAUCGUAUAUAACCAAAAAUGGAGAUAAUUCAGCGCCGGACGGUAUUCGAAUUAUUCAAGAUGAGGAUUUAGAGAGGGUAAAGGAAGUGCAGACAAUGGAGGAAUUAAAAGAUGUGCACAUGCACUUUUUACUUCAUUACUCACAUGAAAUACCUAAAAUGCAAGACGAAAAUAGAAGGAGAGAAAAAGAGCAGAAACGGCUGACAAGAGAAGAAGAACUUCGUCAGAAUCUGCAAGAUGGUGAGAUUAUAAGUGAGAAUAUAGAUGAUGACGUGGAUGAAGGUGAAGAACAGCUAAAACAGGCAAAGGAUUCAGGACCUUAUGCAAUGUGCCGUAAAGCAGGUAUAUGUGGAUUCGCUAAACGAUUUGGAUUGACGCCUGAACAAUUUGCCGAAAAUUUGAGAGACAGUUAUCAGCGCCAUGAAGUGGAGCAGGAGACUGCCAGUCCGACGGACGUGGCAAAGCAAUACUUGUGUCCUAAGUUCGUGACAGUCGAAGAAGUAUUACAUGCUACAAAAUUCGUUGUUGCUCGUCAACUAUCUAGGGAACCUCUUCUUAAAAAAUGUGUGCGGGAAGUCUUCUUUGAGCGUGCUAAAAUAGAUGUUCGCCCUACCAAAAAAGGUUUAAAGGAGAUUGAUGAAAAUCAUUCGUGUUACACUAUGAAAUAUUUGGGGAAAAAGCCAGUUAAGGACUUGGCUGGUGAUCAGUUUUUAAGGCUUUCGGUGGCUGAAGAAGAUAAGUUGGUUGAUAUAACAAUAUCUGAUCAUAUUGAUGGAAAUACUUCCAAUUCAUACAUUGAUGAAGCUAAACAACUUUACCAACGAGAUGAAUUUUCAAAAGUGGUUCAAGAGUGGAACUCAUUACGUGCUGAAUGUGUCGAACUUGCGUUGAAAAUGAUGGUUAUUCCAGAUUUGCGCAAAGAAUUAAAAACCGUUCUACUUAAUGAAGCAAAGCAGUUUGUGUUGAAAUCAUGCUGCUUGAAGUUAUCAAACUGGUUAAAAGUAGCGCCAUACCGCCCGGACAUUGCUGAUGAGUAUAUGUAUGAUGAUUGGAGUUAUGCUAAAGGAAUUAGAGCGAUGGGUAUAGCAUAUGUUCCUGAUUAUUCCCAGGCUGCUUUUUGUGCUGUAACAACCGUUGAAGGUGAUGUUAGCGACUAUCUUCGAUUACCACAUAUUCUUAAACGUAAAAAUUCUUACCGUUCCGAUGAAAAAAAUUUUAAAUUAUCGGACUUGAAAAUUUUAAAAGAAUUUAUUCAAAAUAAAAAACCACAUGUUAUAGCCAUAGGAGGGGAGUCGAGAGAAGCGCAAAUGUUGAAAAAUGACAUCCAGGAUAUAGUAAAAGAAAUAUCGGAGGAAGAACAAUUUCCAAUGAUUUCCGUGGAGAUAGUUGAUAAUGAACUCGCUAAAAUCUAUGCGAAUUCAAAAAAAGGAGCAUCCGAUUUUAAAGAAUAUCCAGAUUUAUUGAAGCAAGCAGUAUCAUUAGCAAGAAAAAUGCAGGAUCCGCUUGUUGAAUAUUCGCAAUUGUGCAGCGCUGAUGAAGAAAUACUGUGUCUGCGAUACCACACACUGCAGGAGCAACUAGCAAAGGAAGAUAUGCUAGAACACUUGUAUAUAGAAUUUAUAAAUCGUACAAAUGAGGUGGGCUUGGACAUAAAUUUAACUGUGCAAAACUCUUACACUCAAAAUUUAGUGCAAUUUAUUUGUGGCCUAGGGCCACGUAAAGGACAAGCAUUAAUUAAAUUACUCAAACAGUCGAAUCAAAGGCUUGAAAAUCGUACUCAGUUGGUAACUUUGUGCCAUUUAGGUCCAAAGGUUUUUAUAAAUUGUUCUGGUUUUAUUAAAAUAGACACAAGUUCUCUUGGUGAUAGUACUGAAGCCUACGUUGAAGUUUUAGAUGGCUCUCGAAUACAUCCAGAAACGUAUGAAUGGGCCAGAAAAAUGGCUAUUGACGCCAUGGAAUAUGAUGAUGAAGAAGCUAAUCCCGCUGGUGCUCUAGAAGAAAUCCUGGAAUCCCCCGAGAGACUUAAAGAUCUGGAUUUAGAUGCGUUUGCUGUAGAAUUAGAACGUCAAGGUUUUGGUAACAAAAGUAUAACUCUGUAUGAUAUACGUACAGAACUAAACGCUUUAUAUAAAGAUCUAAGAACGCCUUAUCGCUCCCCUAACUCUGAGGAACUGUUUGAUAUGCUAACAAAAGAGACACCCGAAUCAUUUUAUGUUGGAAAGAUGGUUUUGGCUACAGUUGCUGGAAUAUCUCAUAAAAAGCCUCAAGGAGAUCAAUUAGAUCAAGCUAAUCCAGUAAGACAUGAUGAAACUGGACAUUGGCAGUGUCCCUUUUGUUUAAAAGAUGACUUUCCAGAAUUAUCCGAAGUAUGGAACCAUUUUGAUGCUGGUGCCUGUCCUGGACAAGCAACUGGAGUCAAGCUUCGCUUAGAUAAUGGUCUCUCUGGUUUCAUUCACAUUAAAAACCUGUCUGAUAGACACGUGUUGAAUCCAGAGGAUCGUGUUCAAAUUGGGCAAGCGAUACAUGUGCGUAUUAUUAAAAUUGACGUAGAAAGGUUUUCGGUCGAUUGCUCUUCUAAAAGCUCUGACUUAAUGGAUAAAAAUCAUGAAUGGAGGCCGCGUAAAGAUCCAUUCUAUGAUUAUGAAACGGAGGAUAAGGAUAAUCGAAAAGAAAAUGAACAAAAACAAGUGAGGUCAAAACAGCAAUAUGUAAAGCGGGUAAUUAUUCACCCUUCAUUCCACAACAAAUCAUACGCCGAAGUUGUUAAAAUUAUGGAAAAUAUGGAUCAAGGAGAGGUGGUUGUACGACCAUCAAGCAAGGGAUCCGAUCAUCUUACUGUGACAUGGAAGGUUACAACUGGAAUUUAUCAACACAUUGACGUCCGAGAAGAAGGAAAAGAAAAUGCUUUUAGUUUGGGUCAAAGUUUGUGGAUUGGAAAUGAAGAAUUUGAGGAUUUGGAUGAAAUUAUUGCGAGGCAUGUUAACCCAAUGGCAUCAUGUGCUAGAGAAAUUCUUACCUAUAAAUAUUACAGAGACACAGGUGGUGGCGUCAAAGAUAAAAUGGAAGAAAUACUUAAAGAAGAAAAGGCUAAAGAUCCUAAAAAAAUACAUUAUUUCAUAUCAGCUUCGAAAUCUUAUCCGGGAAAAUUUUUAUUAUCAUAUUUGCCUAAAACCAAAUGUAGGCAUGAAUACGUAACAGUUAUCCCGGAAGGCUUCCGUUUUAGAGGUCAAAUAUUUGAUUCAUUGAAUUCCCUUCUAAAAUGGUUUAAAGAUCAUUACUCAGAUCCGAUUAUAGCAAACACUCCCACUUCUACACCAAAUGCUUCAGCCAGCAUUAGAACAUCCGGAUAUGAUACCCCUAGGGGUAACGUGGAUUCUAGAACAACCGAGCAACAUAUAUCACAGGCGUCAAUAAUUCAUACGCCCCAUUAUCCUAACACUCCUGGAUAUCAGGGUGGGUAUGUAAAUACUCCGUAUACUCCAAGCGGACAAACGCCGUUUAUGACACCUUACAAUACACCAUACUCGUCACAAACUCCUCGAUAUUCUCAUAAUACACCUAGUCCUAACUCGUCAUCUUCAAAUAUAAACUAUCAUCGUUCAGCAAAUGUUAAGCAGACUAAAGAUAAUUUAUACCAAGGAAUUUCGCCAAGAUUGGAGUUGGAGCAAAGCAAAAAACAUAUUUACCCCUCACAAAAAGAAAGUGUCGAAUGGCAAAUGGCGUCAGAGUCAUGGGCAAGACGUAAACCAGUGCAUCCUGCGCCGCAUAUGUCACGCUCAGUUGGAAAUGAUUUUUCAAGAGGCAUAAAUUAUUCGGUUCCAACAACUAGUGAGAUGUCAUCUGCAUUUAAUCAACUUUCAGGUGAACACUUCCGGUUAAGAGACCAUAAAAGUCCGCGGUCUAUUCGUAGUACACCCCGUACAAAUACUUCUCCUCAUUCGAUGAACUUAGGCGAUUCCACGCCCCUGUACGAUGAGAAUUAACACAACUUACACCAUUAUGAUUAAAAUGGUCACUCCUUUUUUGUUAUGAUGACACACUCAAAUGCCUAAAAAUUGUAUCAAAUUUCUAAUUUUCGUUUGAACGUUUUCAAUUAAAAAACUAUUAAAGGGAAAUAUAAACAAUUUAA